AUGGCAAUGAUCACCAGAAACACCGCCACUCGCCUCCCACACCUCUUCUCCCUCCACCGCCCCGCCACCGCAUCUCUCCACACAACCCUCCCUUCUCUCUCCCCUGACCCAACACCAGCACCCGCUCCCUUCUCUCGCGCACCGCCACCUUCCACAUCUUCGCCUACAGGUGUAUCCAAGACGGCGGAGUUUGUGAUUUCUAAGGUUGAUAGUUUGAUGAACUGGGCACGUACUGGAUCUAUUUGGCCUAUGACUUUUGGGCUUGCUUGUUGUGCUGUUGAGAUGAUGCAUACUGGUGCUGCUAGAUAUGAUUUGGAUCGGUUUGGGAUUAUUUUUAGACCAAGUCCUAGGCAGUCUGAUUGUAUGAUUGUUGCUGGCACUCUUACUAACAAAAUGGCCCCUGCUCUUCGCAAAGAAUAG